UUGUUUUGCAAAUACUAGAUCUCAAUUUUACUUUUGAUUUAAGUCGGCUGGUGGGUUUAAGGUAGGUGACCUGCGCAGUGACAACGUUUCGAAUCAACGAGCUCUCUACUUGUGAGCAGUAGAUUUCGUCGUGUCAUGACGAACUAGGUGACGAAACAAGGCGAGCACAGAACGUGAGAGUCGAAUACAUAGGUGUGGCUGAGCCAACUCUUCCUUGGAGUGGGUGUCAGUGAUCAGCGUAGAGUUAGCAUUCUCACUUCCGUGUCAUCUGGACAAACACUCGACAUGUCCUGUGUCCAGAAAUGUGACUUUCUUAUAACACUACUUGUUGCACACCUACUGACCAGUACAACAGCGAGCCAGAUGGUGCCGGCUUUAGUUAUCAUUGACGUCCAGAAAUGCUUUCUGAAGGGAGGUAAUCUAGCAGUUACAGAUGGCGAUGCAGUCAUUAAUGUUAUCAAUAGGAUUCGAACCACCUGGAGGGAAGUGUUUAAACUGGUAGUCCUGACCAAGGACUGGCACUGUCAGCACCACGUCUCCUUCGCCUCGUCACACGAAGACUACAGUCCCUUCAGUGACAUCACACUGAGGUACAACUCACAAGGUCAACUCUGUGAUGAUGAAGGAACCAAUGUGCCGAGCACAGUGACUUGCUCCUUGGAUGAGACCACCAAAGCUGUGGAGCAGAAACUCUGGCCAGAUCACUGCAUCGCCAACGUCACCACCGGAGGAGCGUCCUCGGAAAUCGCUGAAGGUCUCGUAACUACCCGCACUGACAUCUUUGUGCUCAAGGGGGAUAAUUGUCAGCGAGACUCUUACUCCGCUGUUUGGGACAAUGGUAACUUCACCGUCACAAAACUGCCCGAGAUCCUGAAGUCCAAUCACGUGACCACUGUGUAUUUGGUGGGACUGGCCCUUGACUACUGCGUCUUUGAAACUGCGAUGGAUAUCAAGCAACUGGGCUAUGAGACGUACGUGGUGAGGGACGCCACCCGAGCCGUGGCCGAGGAUACUGGCAUGAGUGCAGUCAGCACAAUGAGGAGUGCAGGUGUGAAGGUCAUAAUGACCGCUGACCUUAAUGGCCUGUUGAGCUCGCGAACGGAGACCUCGUUUUCGAGAAACUCACAAGCCACGCCCAGCCCGGUGAUCCUGCUUCUUUCUGUAUCAUUGAUCAUGGCCGCUACUCUGAAGCUAUGAGAAGUCGCUUCUAUAGCAUGCACAAAUCCAUUCACGGAAUUCAAACUCAUUAUGU